AGUCGCAGCCUACUCAUACUCGUGUUUUCUCGGAAGUUCAAAAAAUCCCAUCGGUAUUAAUUUUGAAUAAUCAUUAAUCAUAAAAGGUUUGAGUACCGUGAUUGAAAAAAUUGAACAUCAUCCCAUUUUCCGAAAGUGAAUUUAUAACAGAUCUUACUUGUUCAGAAAAUAUUGUGAGGAAAAAGAAAAUAAUUUCAAUGAUCUUACAGUGGUUAUCAAACAUAACCUGUAAAUGACUUUAUAAAUAAGUCAGAUGAGAAGUUGGCAACAACAAUAUUAUUAUUUCCAAGUUUUAUAGAAGAAAUACCAUAUUUCACAAAAAAUGUUUUCCAAUAAUGAAGAAAAGAAGCUUGAUUGGAUGUAUAAGGGACCUACUGCAUUAGUUGACAGAGAAGCCUAUUUACUAGGGCGUACUGUGGAUGAAACUCUUGAGUUAAUCAAUCGAGAAGAAGCAGCAAAGAAGGUUGAUAAAUAUAUGGCACCUCCUAAAAAUCAUGUAGAACACGAGUGCCUUCCGCCAUCUAUUAGAGAGUAUAACAAAAUAGUGAAAAGCGAACAGGUUGAUUUACAAGCAAAAUUACAAGAGGAUCCGUUAGUUCUCAUAAAACGACGAGAAGAAGAAACAAGAAGACAAUUUCUUCAAAAUCCUGUACAAUUGAAGAAAUUACAAGAAGCUAUGGAAGCCCAGUUGCAGAUGAAAAAAAUGUUACAUUCUAAAAAGAAUAAAACUGGUAAGAAAUUGAGGAAAAAGUUGAAACUUCUGAAUCAACAGUUGGGAAAAAAACAUGGUUACAAAGAAUUGGAAUUAAGUAGUGAUAUGAAAGAUGAUGAAGCAAUUUUAGACACUAUAUUGAUGCAUAAAUUCAAUCAACUAAAAAAUGAAUUAUCAGAAGAUGAUUUGAAAAUAAUUUUAUUAGGUAAUUCAUCGGUUCCUCUUUAGAUGUGUAAGUUCGGACAUGAUUUUGUAAGGAGGUUGUAGGUUAGGUGUAACUUGAAGAAUGUUUCAGGAGGAACGAGUCAAUAUUGUAAUUUUCGAAAUGUUUUUUCGGUUUAUUUUUGGUGCAUGAAACUUUAUAGAUUUUGUCCGCUACUUUUGUCGAGGAAGUGUUUAUUUUAACUGUAGCAAAGUUAAAUGAAGAAGGAUGUGUCACUUCGAAUGGAGCCAGUGAGAAUUUUUUAUUUUUUUUAUAUGUAUACAUCAGUUGUAUCAAUAGUAUACCUACUUGAGCAAUAUUCACUUCACUGAACUGCUUCGAAA